UGACAAUUACGUGUUGUGGCAAGUAGUCUAAUAUUAUGCCUUGCUUUAAUUUAUGCGAUGUCUUCUGAUGUAUUAACAUCUUUUAAAUUAAACAUUCAACUGACAAUGCGGAGGGCUUUUGUCAGCUAAUACUUUGGAUAAACAACGUGUAUUUCGCCGGCUCAUUUGGAAUGGACUCACUUUAGUUGAGAAGUUCCAAAGAAAAGAACAACACGUCAACUUUAAGAGUGUGCCUCUGAAAUACUCUUCAUGUAAUUUAUUUACCUCCAGAAAUACUCUAAAUUUACCCGGGCCCCAGGUGGUCUACUAUGUUUGUGUGUGUAACUAAACAUAUACAUGCAUUAAAUAUUAUACAGUUAAUUAGACGUUGUCUUUGUCUGAACAGUUCACAUGUUUUGUUAGGGAGUGGACAUAGGGUCACCACUUUCACAUCACCAUUAGAUAAGGAAAAGGGAGCAUUUCCUGAUGCAGCCCACUGACUAACGUCUCCUGUGCAUGGGGGUUUCACAUGGCUAGUCAUGGGAGCACGUCACUCUGUGCUCUAUAUUUGGCAGUGGGAGGUGCCUUGGCUGCUUCCCUGGGGCAAGUCUAGAUGGGGUGUUGUCUCUUAUAUCCCAGCCCCUCAGCCCUUGCCUGGUCACUGUGAUGAGCCUUAGCAAGAGACACUGAAACUCAGAGCAAACGACUGGCAGAACGUAUGGACCAGAAUGUCUCCUUCCUGAAGAGGAGGUACGACAGUGAGCUGUGUGGUGCUGCAGCCUCGGCCAGUCUGGAGUACACAGACCUGGAAGCUGCUGAGGCUCUGGUCUGUAUGAGCUCUUGGGGCCAGACCUUCAACAGCAGUAAAUCCAGCUCCUGCAAGCCCAGGCCCCUCACCCCUGCAUCGGACUCCUGCGAUUCCCUUCUCCCCCCAGAACCUCCGGAGACUCCCAAGGACUUUGUCUCCCUUUCCUCCCUGUGUAUGACUCCCCCUCACAGUCCCAGCUUCACUGAGACCUCCAGUAGCAGCACUGCAAUCCACACCAGUACCUCUUCUCUGACCCGGCCUGGCCUCAGCACCUGUGGGACCAGGCUCCAGGGUCAGGUCCAAGUCCAGGGCAUGGCCUCCUUGGCUGUAACUCCCCCAGCACCUGCUCCUUGCAAAGCCAUGGCAACCAGCGUGAUCCGCCAUACGGCAGACAGCUCCCCUUGCCAGCACAUUCCAUUUCCCUCCUUCUCUGCCACACGUAGAGCCUCACAGACACCUGGAUGCGUGCAGCUCGCUGUCAAGACAGAAGAGACUAACUGCCCACUUCCACCCCACUCUCCAUCUGCCCCCUUCACACCCUCACCCUCCCACUGUAAGACAGAGCCACAGGCCAUUCAGAGAGGACUCUGUAAGGACAGCCACACCCCCAUGCCAGCAGUCUGCCAACCACAUGUCAGCCCUCCCACUACUAUGCCCCUCUCCCCACUCCCUGUGACUAGCUCUCCAAUCAUCUGCCAGAUGUUCCCAGUGAGCAACCAACAAGGCAUGAUCUCUGCUUUCAUCAAUAGUACGGUCCAGACUUCUAGUUGUGGGAUGAGAACCAACACCUCCAUCCUCCCUAGCCCCUCUGCUGGCACCCCAUCCCUGCAGCAGCCCCUCCUCAUGGGCUCACACAUGCCCCAGGGUACAGUGAUGCUGGUCCUGCCCCAGUCCUCCAUCUCUCAGGCCCCCAACUGCCCCCAGACUGUCAUGACACUGGGCAACACUAAGCUGCUACCUCUGGCCCCGGCCCCCGUCUAUGUUCCCGCUGGACCCUGCAGCGCCGCCAAGAUGGACUUCUCCCGCCGCCGUAACUACGUCUGCACCUUCCCGGGCUGCAGGAAGACCUACUUCAAGAGCUCCCACCUCAAGGCUCACCUCAGAACACACACAGGUGAGAAGCCUUUCAGCUGCAGCUGGGAAGGUUGUGAGAAGAAGUUUGCUCGCUCUGACGAGCUGUCGCGUCACCGGCGGACACACACAGGAGAGAAGAAGUUUGUCUGCCCUGUGUGUGACCGGCGCUUCAUGCGCAGCGACCACCUGACCAAACAUGCCCGCCGUCACAUGACCACCAAGAAGAUUCCUUCCUGGCAGGCAGAGGUCCGCACCCUCAACAAGAUGGCCACAUCCAAGACAGCUCCCUCCCUCUCUCCCACCCCCAUCGCCACACUUGGUAUGCUGGUCCCUUCCUCUAACUAGACUGGUGACCCCCCCCCCCCCCCCAAACCCUCCAGCAUGACCUAUGACCUAUAACCCCGUCCCCACCACAGGCAUAGGGGGCAGCCAAGCACUCAGGACUGCCAAAUAUCUCAUGGAAAAACUCUCUCAAACAUGCACUGGACUUUCUCUCUCUACUGCUCAUUUGUACGUUUUCUUUUGCGCAAGGAAUUAUAUUUGUUUACUUUCAUAUAUUCUAUAAAACAUGUAUGCACUCUUUUGCCAAAGCCUAUGAAGUUUGUCUUACACAUUUCACUCGAUUUUUGUAUAUUUGUAAAUGUCUAUAUCUUUGUAUUUGUGUUUGUGUAUUAAGAACUACAUUUAUGUGUCAAAUUUGGGAAAAUGUUGUUGUAAUGUAAAAACAAUCUAAGUGGACAGUAAUUAUCAAUACUGGGAUUGUUCCUUACUCUGUUAACUUUUUCAUAUUAUUUAAUACGCAUUUGUAAUAAAGGGAUAAAAAAGAACAGU